CGUGCCAGGUUUGCCCCCCCGGGUGGCGGCUGCACGGGGGCAGCUGUUAUAUGGUGGGGAGCGGUGCUGUGGGGUGGGCGCAGGCGCAGGGCCGCUGCCGGGACAGUGGGGCACAGCUGGUGGUCAUCGGUGAUGCGCAGGAGCAGGAGUUCCUGACUUCGUUGGCCCCCCCCUACGAGACGUGGAUCGGACUCCAUGACCGCAGCACAGAGGGCUCCUUCCAAUGGGUGGAUGGCAGCGCCCUCAGCUUCCGGAACUGGCGCUGGGGUCAGCCGGAUGAGGCCGGGGGGGGCGAGGACUGCGUGGCCAUGGACUCCCGGGGGGGGUGGGGGGACAGACCGUGUGCGGUCAGCCUGGGGGGGUGGGUGUGCGAGAGGGGCUGGGGCUGCUGA